AUGGUUUCGACGACAAAUUUGUCUGAGCGCUUUGCUGACCUCAAGCGCGAAAUUGUGGCAGCGACUCCCGACUAUGAAAGGCGCUUGACUCAGUCUUGGAACGAUCUUCUCCAGGAACUCGAUGAGCGCACGUCAGAAAUCGUCGACGAGGGCUCCAAGUACAUCCCUCAAGUCCAUUUUCAGUAUCUAGACACGCUGGUCCUUGAGCAACUCGACGAUAUUCGACGUAAGGGCUCUAUUGUCAUUCAUGGUGUUGUUGAGGAGGGUGAAGCUGUCGGGUGGAAGAUUGCGUUGGAAGAUUUUAUGAAAGCUAACCCUCACGUCGAAGGUUUUCCAGAGCAAGACAAGCAACUCUUCUUCCUUUACUGGACCAGAGCACAAGUACAAGCACGCGCCCACCCUAACGUUCUCAAAACCGACAAGAAAAUGGAAGGCGUUGACCUUGACGUUCCGUUGGUAUAUGCAUAUUUGUUCCACAUCCGUCGCCCUGGUGUACAAUGGAAUGUUGGCCCCCCUCACGUCAACGGUGGUUCCAUAGAGCGCUGGGAGGAUAGCAACUUCCGCAGUGAAACCGGUCCUACCCAAGGAACCCUAAAAGUAUUCCCCGAUGUACCCUUGUCAAAUGCGUACACCAUCCUCCGCCCAUUCUUCCGACCGACUGUUCCUCUCGACUCCGAGGACAUACUGGAUCCGAAGAACUGGAUUAAUAUAUCCACUCCUGAUUUUCCUGACAUUCAGCCUCGCGACGGCAGCUGGGUCGACCAACAACCCACCCCAUACUUGCAUCCUCAUCUCAGGCUAGAAGAUACAAUGAUAUCUGUUCCAGAAUUCAAUCCUGGUGACAUGAUGUUCUGGCAAUGCGAUGUCGUUUAUUCCGUCGAGCAUGGGCACACCGGUUCACAUGACUCUGCUAUCAUGUACAUCCCAGCUGUUCCGCAGACCCCUCAAAAUAUGGCCUAUGUCAAGAAGCAGGCUGAGGCCUUCCUCGCCGGUACUAACCCACCUGAUUUCGCGAGCGACGGGACGGGCCUCCCGUACGUUGGACUUGGCGUUGAUGCAGAUAUCGUCCAGCCUAUCAGCCGAAUCGCGAUGGGUCUCCCUGUUCCUGUCACAUAA